ACUUUAAAAAUCCGAAAAUGCAAGAACCGCGGCAUGAUUCCAUUGACAUGAAAUCAUGUAGAAUAUGUUUGGUAAAUAGAAAACCUUUGUGCCCACUUUUCAAAUACAAAUUAUCAGGCAAUUAUGCUGAAAUGUUAACGGCUGUUGCAGAUGUUAAGGUAUGUGCAAAUGAUGGUUUACCAGAGAAAAUCUGCCAGAAAUGCUGUUUGGCCCUGGAGAAAGCUUACCUUCUAAAGACUGUGGCUGAAAGGAAUGACAGAAAACUUAGGAGGAUCCUAGAAAGGGCCAGUCAGCAUGUUCCAACAAAAAAAAUUGCUUUUGAUUCAUUUACUGACAUAAAAAGUGAGAUAGGACCCUUGACUAUCAAAUCUGAACCUAAAUGGGAAAUGGAAAUUGAUGUCUUGACUGAUGGCAACACAAAACCUGUAGAAACCAUUGAUGGAAAGGAUAUUGUUAUUGCUAACACAGUUAUAAGAAAAGUAGAUGGAAAUUUGGAAGAAACAAAACCUGAUUUAUCAUCUGAUGAAGCAGAUGUCACUUGGAAAACUACCAAAGCUAAUUCAGAUGACCUGGAGACAGAAUAUUUGGACGACGAUGUGUUUCAAGAUGACGAUGAUGAUGAUUAUGUGCCACCAACAGAAAAACCCAAGACAAAGUUUAAAAAACCUAAGUUGUCUGAUAUUAAGGUAUUUAAGGGUAAGAGAACAAUUGUUAGAAAAGUUAAAGUCAUCAAGAAGGUUAAAGAUGACUAUGAGGGUGAAAGGACUCUUGUAGCUACUACAAAGGAUGGUAAAACCAAAACUACUAUGAUAACUUGCUAUCCAAUUAUGAAGAAUGGCUCUAGAGGGCCACCUAUACUUCUAAGGAGACCUAAAGAUGCAACAGUAUUGAAAGUACAUCCUAAUUACAAGGUUAAAGGUUCUUCAUCUUCUGAGACAAGUAAAGUUGUGCACCGUGAUAAAACAGUAAGGAUGGUGAGAAAUGCCAAGCCCAUUGUGAAACAGAGAGAAAAAUUAGUUUGCCCAAUUUGUGGAAUACUUACUUUUACUUUGGGGAACCACAUUGCUACGCAUCAGGAGAAAAAGAAAUUUUCAUGUACUCAAUGCCCAAAGACAUUUUCUCAAAAAAGUAACCUUAUUGCACAUGCUAAGCAACAUUCUGGCGUUAAAGAUCAUAUAUGCGAAAUAUGUGGAGCCGGUUUUUACAGUCAAAAAUCUUUAGUCAGACACAAUUUAAUUCAUAAAGGCGAGAGACCCUUCCCAUGCAACCUCUGCAAUAAGAGAUUUAUUGCUCGUUGCGAUCUGACCCGUCAUCUGCGCAUACACUCUGGUUACAAACCUUUCAAGUGCGCCACAUGCACGAUGUCAUUCAACGCGAAGCACCAGUUGCAAAACCACGAGCGUAUGCAUACCGGCGAGCGGCCCUACACAUGUCAGGUGUGCAAUGUGGCCUUCAGUUACAAAGUGAACUUAAACAAUCACGUGGCGAAAGUGCACGGCAUUAAUUUGAAGUUUAAGUCAAUACAUACGGUAACUGAAGAAGUGUUACGACAGGAGAUGGGUAUGGUGAACGAGACCCGUGUAGCUAUAUCGCACAUAAUGCCCGAGUUAGGAGAAGCUCCCACGCCUGGUGCUCACGAAACUGUGGCUAUGAGUUCUGAUUAUGUUUAAAUGAUUUGACCAUACCAACAUUUAAGUAUGUCGACAUCUCGAGCUUACGGAGACGUAACAAACGACUAAUUCACCAACUGUUAAGCAGUAAGUAAAAAGUUUUGUGCAUAAAAUUAUGAACUUACAAUGUAAUUGAAAGAUAUUUGUAUUCUAUUUUCCGUGGGAACGUUGAAUACGUUGGUUAUGUUUAAUUGUUUAUGGAACUGAGAGUUGUACCAUUUUUUUUCAUAUAUAAUGUUGGGUUGUACGUAUCUUAAUUCCGCGGCCAAAGAUAUAUGAUUUUGUUAGCCGAUUUGAAUAAUAGUUUAAAAAUAGAAUUUAUUUCGUGUAGAUUGAUUCUAUAAACAAAUCGAAACCGCAAAUACGCAAGACAUUGUAAUUUUUUUUUUGUUUUUAGACGUUCCAUUUGUUUAAAUUCC